AUGUUACGUAUUUUAACUUUGGUUUUCUUCCUGCAUCUGUCUUCUGUCACAACGUCAUCGGAAGUAUUAUCAUACGCAAGAGUAUCGAAGAACGGACAGUUAGCAAGAAGUUCUCACGAUUCUUUUUCGUGGAUCACUAGGUUAUCAAUGAAAAAUAAUACAAGCGUGGAGAACGAAAAUAAAGAGAGAAGUAUAAACGAUGUCGUUAUCACAGUAUCGCCUGUUUACGUACCACCCAGGACUCCAAAAUUAAAGAAAGGAGAAGCGGUCGAUUAUUCAAUCACUCCAAAAUAUUCCACGUUGGAUAAUGACAUGAUAGUCAAGCUAGACGCUACAUCAGGCAAAAAAUUGAUUCAACAUCGAUUUCAUCCACCUGUAAAUUUCGAGCAUAACAUCGCGUAUGCAAACGGAAAACCGCAAAAAGGAUCAUCAAAUACAGAAAGCUCCUUAAUCGUAAAUUCAUCUACUUUCCUUGGUCCAAUCUUCUCUGGUAUGUACGAAUACAGUCCAUCAGAAUUUCUCGAUGAUGAAUCACUGAUACCUAAACCAAUUAGCAAAUAUCCAUCUACGGAUGAUAAAAAGGUUCUGGAUUCCUAUAAAUCACCGAAUAAAUAUCACACCGGGCAUGAAACAGACUAUCUUAGUUACGACAUUCCUCCUUCGUAUGAAAAUGACGAACUUGGAUCAAAGCCCGCGAAAUUUGUCAACUAUUAUGAUCAUUCGCCCUCAUUCAUGGAGACGGAGCAAGAUCCAUAUGAACACGAUUUUCAUCACGACAUAAUAUACGAUAACGUACCUGAAUAUCAUCAUCACGAAACCACUACGGAGGAACCGGAAAUGAAUGAUGAGCGACUCGACAAAAGACCAUACUCGUAUUACUUUAUAGGAAAAAAGCUUUGGUAUAUACCUCUAUACUUUAGCAUUUAUUUUAUCAUAUACAUAGCCGCCCUUGUAUUGAAAAGCAUCGCCAGGCAUAAGAUCAACUUUCCGGCUAAUCUAGCAGAAGCUGCAACUCAUAAAAGAAGCGAUUCGAGCGAAGGAUGGUGGUCUUUUACUGAAAAAAUACUUGAAGGAGUGGAACGAUUUGCUGAAACAUAA